AGAAAAAGCUCAGUGAUAGUUGGUCUAUAAGGAGAAGGGAUCUCAUUCAGAAUACAGAACAGACAUUUAAACAGAGAUAGAACAUGAACAUGAUGUUCUCCUGGAUACUGGCUCAUUAACUCUGGAAGAGACGGCUUAAACAGGUCAACAGCAAGGGGGGAAAGAUGGUUUUUCAGGAUUCAAAACAAUGCAGGAUAAAUUGGAAGAGAGGAGACACUCACAUGAUCACACAUCGGAUUAAAGAGAACAGUUUAAAACAGAAAAGCUCAGGAAUCUGAAAAUGAGUAAAAACCUCACAGAGAUCAAACUUCAAUUACAUUAAUUUCUCCACACCAGUUGGUGGCGAUAAUGCACCUAUUCGUUGUUUGUAAACUGCAUGUAAAGAGGAACAGGAAGAGGCGGGCGAAGGAGAAGAAGAGCUGCAGCUGGAUCACAAAGUUUCUCUCGGUUUGUGGGCUCAUCUAAAGCUGAUCAGCAGGAGGAGAGUCUGAUGGAGCAGCAGAGGAACAUUUUCAGCUGUUUGGACUCAGCUCAGCCGCUACAGAGGAAAUGAUGAGCUCAACAGUGAUGGACCAACAUGGAGCGAGAAGUCAGCGCUCUCAGGAGGCCGACAAACCUCACAGAAGAAAGAAAGAGAAAAAAUACAGCUGUGAUGAGUGUGGGAUGACUUUUACUCGGAAGUAUUUCCUAGAAAGACAUGAAGUCAUCCACACAGGAGAGAGACCGUUCAGAUGUGACUUGUGUGGGAAGUCUUUUACCCAGCCUGGAAACUUAAAAGCACACCAGGUCAUUCACAGUGGAGUUAAAGCGUACAGCUGUGAUGAAUGUGGAAAGGGUUUCACCCGGAAAGAAGGCUUGGUAAAGCAUAAGCUCAUCCACAGAGGAAUUAAACCUUACAGCUGUGAUCAGUGUGGCAGAGCUUUUACGCAAAGCAGCAGCUUAAGGAAACAUCAAGUUUCCCACUCUGGAAUUAAGGCAUACAGCUGUGACAUCUGUGAAAAAACUUUCAGCCACAUAGAAAAUCGAAAUAAACACCAGAGGAUUCACACUGGACAGGAUGUAUACUGCUGUGAUCAGUGCGGCAAACUGUUUGUAAGAUACAAACAACUACAAAUCCACAGAUUUACCCACACUGAGGAGAGACCUUAUAAAUGUGACCUGUGUGAGAAGACUUUUAAAGCGCCGAGUUCUGUAAAAGUCCACCAACAGAUUCACACCAGACAGAAACUCUACAAGUGCAGUUACUGUGAGAAGCAGAGCGACACAGAUGGAUCCAGAUCUCAACCCUGCCGUCACUGUGGUGGUGGGAAACCGUUUCGUUGUGACCUUUGUGGAAAAACUUUCAACUGGCAAACAAACCUAAUGAUGCACCAUCGUCGACAUACUGGACACAAAUUGCACUAUUGCGAAGAAUGCGGGAAAGGCUUCCCCACACCAGAUAAACUAAAACGCCAUGAACUCAUCCACAGUGGGGUUAAAGAGCACCUCUGUGAUCAGUGUGGGUCAUCCUUCACCACUGCAGAUCAGCUUAAAGUGCAUGAACGUGUCCACACAGGAGAGAAACCAUACAAGUGCAGACACUGUGACAAAAAGUUUUCACGGUCAGAUAAACGUAACCGUCAUGAACGUACGCAUGCCAACAAGAACUGCAGCAGGAAUCCCAGUUUGUAGUCCAAACAUAGUCCAUUCUGGAAAUAAACUGUUGCACCAGAAAGUUGAUUCUGUUCAUCUGGAUGCAGCGUUUUCAGUAGGAGGAGCGUUUCAUCACUCAUCCGUCAUGUCCUCUUCAGUGUAGGAUGACUGCAGGUUUCCCCAGUCUUAAAAAAAAGCAGUUGCGUAAUGACUCGAAUUGGCACCAGGACCUGACAGUAAGCUGUGGAAACAGUUUCAUGAUCAUUAAUAUGCAAAUUAUUAUGACAGAUGUUCAGUCUGUAGCAGCUGACUGGUGAACUGGCAUUUAUUUGCAGCACAGUUAGACCGGUUAGCUGGUUCCAGUUUGACUUUGGGACCGCAACUUUGGCCUUAACAUAAACUUUGGCUGUGAAGGGCAGUUUGAAACAAAAGGAGAACUUCCUGUAUUUAGUGUUCUUGUUGGAGGUGUUCUUUGGAACUUAAUGUUUACCCUCUUGUGUGUUUCACCUUACAACAGGGAUAAGGAACGCCAGGUCUUGAGAGCCGGUGUCCUGCAGGUUUUAGAUCUCACCCUGGGUCAACACACCUGAAUCAAAUGAUUAGUUCAUUACCAGGCCUCUGGAGAACUUCAAGACAUGUUGAGGAGCUAA